AAAUAACUAUCAUGAUGAUAGUGCACUUUAAUCAAAUUAUUAGUUAAUUGUGAUAUGGGAAUGCUAGAGUAGCAUGUAGAAAAUGAGGGUUCACCAUCACUUUGAAAGGAAUAGUUUAAAUUUUAAAGACAUUUUUAAUACGCCUUUAAGGUGGACCAGAUGAUGUUUUGUAGUAUUUCUGGUGGAUUGAUCAGUAAUAGCCGAAGUGUGCAAGUACAGAUAAGACUUGAUUGUCUUCCAAAGGUCUCAUCUGAGAAUACAGGUCGAAGAAUUCUGUUUGUAUGACUGAGUAUAAAAGCUCAGACACAGCAGAAUUUUCAGUCAUUUGUAGUAAAACUACACGAAAACAAUAUCCAGUGUAAGAAAGUUGAAUAAAAAUUUAAAAUGAUCUUGUGGAGUGAUAUUGUGUUUCUCGUUGGAGGACUCGUUUUUCUGAUUUACUUCUUCGUCAAGCGAAAGUACUCUUACUGGGCAAAACUUGGAGUACCAUAUGCAGAACCAAGUUUUCCUUGGGGAAAUAUCGGUCAAGUGGGAUCGAAGUUGCAUUCAACGGAAUUGUUCCAGGAAUUUUACAAAAGAUUCAAGGGGAAAGCCCCCUUCAUGGGAUUCUACGCUACAAUUGCCCCACAAGUCUUUUUGAUGGACCUGGAUCUCAUUCAGAGAAUCUUGAUCAAGGAUUUCCAGUACUUCCACGACAGGGCUCAAUAUUAUAACCUCGAGGAUGAUCCAAUCUCUGCCCAUCUCUUUAACAUUGAUGGUGAAAAGUGGAAGACCCUAAGAGCUAAGAUCUCACCUACAUUUACCAGCGGCAGAAUGAAGAUGAUGCUUCCGACAGUGAUUGAUGUUGCUCAAAACUUUCACAAAACUCUAUUUGAGAAAAUCGGUGAUAAAGCUGAGAUUGAAAUUAAAGAUUAUCUUUCGCGUUUCAGUACUGACGUUAUAGGUUCUUGUGCAUUCGGACUCGAUUGCAAUAGCCUUCAAGAUCCUAAUGCUAAAUUUCGUAUCUAUGGUGAUAAGGCUUUCAGUACUAGUUGGUGGAGGACAAUUAGAUUCAACUUCGUAUCGUCCUUUGUUGAACUCGCUCGAAAAUUGCAUAUUACAACAACUGAUAAAGACGUGUCCGAUUUCUACCGAGGUGUUGUUUUCGACACGAUCAGGUAUAGAGAAAAUAAAGGCGUGCAGCGGAGUGAUUUCUUGAAUUUGUUGAUGCAGAUCAAGGAUCGUGGGAACCUAGAUGGCGAUACUAUCAACUAUGAAGGGAAAUUGACUUUGGAAGAGAUUGCUGCACAAUCCUUUGUCUUUUUCCUAGCGGGAUACGAGACAAGUUCAACUGCCAUGACAUUUGCCUUAUACGAAAUGGCGAAGUAUCCGGAGAUUCAGGAAAAGGCACGAAAAAAUGUGCUUGAUACUCUGGAUAAAUAUAACGGGGAAUUUACUUACGAAGCAGCCAUGGAGAUGACUUAUCUCGAUCAGGUUAUUAAUGAAACAUUAAGAAAAUAUCCGCCAUUGGGGAGUGUAACACGUCGCAUCACUCAAGAUUAUCAAGUGCCCGGGACUAAGUUUGUCCUGAAGAAAGAUCUUAGGGUUAUUAUACCAAUCCACGCAAUCCAGAAUGAUCCGGAAAUUUACGAAAAUCCAGAUAAAUUCGAUCCGGAACGAUUUUCAGUGGAAAAUUCCAAAAAUCGUCACAAUGCUGCAUUUUUACCAUUUGGAGAUGGUCCUAGGAAUUGCAUAGGUUUGCGUUUUGGUAUGAUGCAGGUUCGGGUUGGCUUGGCGACUGUUCUGAGGAGUUUCUUCAUAGAAAUGUGCUCACGGACACCUGAUCCACUGAUCCUUCAGAAAGAUAAUUUUACAAUGACUGCACAGGGAGGUAUGUGGCUAAUAUUAAGAAGGGUAUCGGAGUAAAUACGUGAAUGUACUACUUUGAUACUUACUUAAAAAAUUUAUAUUUUAGUGUGACUAAAUGUGAAAAUGACUUUUAAAUAAAUGGAGUAUAUUA